AUGUGUGAGUAGUAGCGGGUCCUCUCUCGCCUCAAUGUUGCGGCCAGCCUAGUGGCAGAUCGCUACAAUCCUGGAGGGAGCCGGGUCGAAUGAGCUGUUGGGGUUCCCAAAUAAUAUCGGGGACAAACAGACAGACAAAAACAGACACACAGACGGAUGGACGGAGAUAGGCAAGUGUUCCGAUAAAACGCGACACCAUAAUUCGGAUUUCAGUAGAUACGCUUUCUUAUUUCCGUUUGGAUUUUUUUUCGGGUUUUAGUCUGAUUUUUUUUAUUAUUUAUUUACCCGCUGUAUUUAUUUAUUUAUUUAUCUAUCGAUUGAUUGCGUUUUAAUUACUGCCUUGUGACAGAGAGCGAGGGAGGAGGAGCGUCAGGGCCAAGCGCGCGCGCGCGUUGUGUUUGUGUGUAUAUGUGUGUGUGCGCGUGUGUGUUUGUGUCCGUUCAGCCUUUUUUUGUCCCACUUGUUUAUUUGGAUGCCUUUAAUGAAGCUGUUUUAAUUUAAAGAAGAAGAAAAAACGCGCGAGUCGCCGCUUUUUGCCCACGCGGAUGAAUGUCUUACAUGUAGCCUUCAUGCAAAGGGAAGAAGAGAAGGAGCGCGUGCAGCUAGAGACCAAAUACAGUAUAGACCAAACCAAAUAGUGCAGAAAUCCAAAUAAGACUUUCUAACUCUGCUGGCCUUGUUUUUUCCACUGUCGAGCGCGUUGAUAUGCGUCCUUGUUGUGCUGUUUUAAACUGCAAAGCGAAUACCAAAGCCAAGCCCGGCCGGUGAUGCUACAGGAAUAGGCUAGCGACUGUUCUCAUGCCUCACACCUACAGGAAACGAUAACUGGUGAGGAGCGAGAGAGGAGUGUGGGGGGAUAAAAUAAGAUCCCGGGCCUCUAUGUUUACUCAAGGAAAACGAUUUAGCAGAGCAAAGGUAACAGAGAGUCGCAGGUGCAUCGACGACAGACAGGUGACACGCAGACUUGUGUGUUUUUAUUAUUAUUAUCAAAGCUUACUUACAAUAGGCCUGCAAUUGUAACACAACUUUUCCUGUAGCCUGUAGAAGUGAGCUCUGAUCUCCGCUCUGUCCGUCUGUGUGUUGGUCUGGACUGUAAGAUAACUGCUGCACUCAAGGGACCAUCCUACAUAAAUAUAUAUAUAUCUAAAUAGAAAUACUAUGUUCUAUGCACAUUUACACCAAAACAAAAGCCGAGCACCAGUCUACAGAUGUAAAUAAAGUGCGCAGCUGGGGCUACAUGUGUACACACCUAACGGCGAAUGUUCUGAGCUCUCCAUACCAAAUAUUGUCCAAAAGCUGUCUGCCAGAGAAACGGACGAAAGUGCAGGAGCUUCAGAGGAGGACAGAGCUUGUUACAGUACAUCUGACAGAUUAUUUGCAUCAAAACAAGAAGCCGGAGGAAGAUCAUGUUUGUUCCUUUGCCGGUGCCGUUCGUGUUUCAGAGAGCUACCCCUGACCUCAACGCCUGGCGUCUCAAAUCCCCUCUGGCUCUCCGCUCCAACUCCGAUAUCAGGAUGUCAAAGCCAGGAGAGGCUGAAAAAGUCGGGGCUGACUCACCAUUGGAGGGCACAGAUUCAGAGCGGAAUGGACCAGAAUCAAAUCAUCAGACUCACUCAAUGAAAGCCUGUCCUUUUCCUCUGUCACCAAACCUGAGCAGCACCAAGAAUAAGAUGGAGGAGUGUGCUGACAUGUCCCCAGCCCUCCCUUCCUCUCACGGCCCGACCCCCUCACAGACUGCCCUGCAACACACACAGCUCAUGCUGACCGGCUCCCAGUUAGCAGGGUUGACAGCUCUGUUGCCGGCGCAGCAGCAGCUGUUGCUGCAGCAGGCUCAAGCGCAGCUCCUAGCUGCAGCUGUGCAGCAGUCCAAUGCAGCCCAUGCAGCUCACGCUGCCCACGCAGCCGCCCAAGCCAAUCAGCAAGCUCAGGCAGCUGCAGCAGCCAAUCAGCAAGCCCAGCAGCAGCAGCAGCAACAACAACAACAGCAGCAAGCGGGUCAAACGGGGCAGCAGACUCAGUCACAGUCCCAGGGACAGAGUACACAGGAGCAGAGUGCCCAAAGCGUCCCUGUCCCACCUCCUCCAUCCCAGCUCACCCUCUCCCAGCCAAUCCAGCUCACUGCCCAGGACAUUCAGCAGUUGCUGCAGCUACAGCAGCUGGUGUUGGUCCCUGGCCACCCGCUUCCGUCUCCUGCCCAGUUCCUCCUUCCACAGGCACAGCAGAGCCAGCAAGGACUCCUAUCGACACCAAAUCUUAUUCCGCUACCUCAGCAAAACCAAGGGAGCCUGCUCUCUGCUCCGACUAGAAUGGGGCUUCAGGCACAGCGAGAUAAGGGUGUGGAGGUGAGUGGUGGAGGUGUGACCACGGUGCCUUCCGUGACCUCUCACCCCGAGGACCCCAGUGACCUGGAAGAGCUGGAACAGUUUGCCCGCACUUUCAAACAAAGACGCAUCAAACUAGGCUUCACACAGGGAGAUGUAGGCUUGGCCAUGGGGAAGCUGUACGGCAAUGACUUCAGCCAGACCACCAUCUCCCGCUUCGAAGCCCUCAACCUGAGCUUUAAGAACAUGUGCAAGCUGAAGCCACUGCUGGAGAAGUGGCUGAAUGAUGCAGAGACCAUGUCCAUAGACAGCACCCUGCCCAGCCCCAGCUCCCUGUCCUCACCCUCUCUGGGCUUCGACGGCGUUCCCUCGCGCCGCAGAAAGAAGAGAACCAGCAUCGAGACGAAUGUACGUGUGGCCCUGGAGCGCUCUUUCAUGACGAACCAGAAGCCUACCUCAGAGGAGAUCCUGCUGAUCGCCGACCAACUUAACAUGGAGAAGGAGGUGAUCCGGGUCUGGUUCUGCAACCGCAGGCAAAAAGAGAAGCGCAUCAACCCGAGCAGUGCCACUCCUCCUCUGCCCAACCAGCCCCCCGCAGCCCCACCAGCGCACAAGCCACCCUGCUACAGCCCUCACAUGAUGUCCAGCCAGAUGUCACAGGCCGUGACGAGUCUCAGCAGCACAUCGGUGACCACCAUGUCCUCCGUCUGCCCUCUGACUUCCAGCCUCACCUCCACCCACCCCUCUCUCAGCUUAACCCACACCCCACUCAGCUCCACUCCCUCCCCGGCAACUCCACCUCCUCCACCUAUUCCUCCCCGCAGCACAGCCAGCCCGGCCACCCCCAGCCACAGCACACUCAACCUUAACACAGGCUUAUGGCGAAUGGGUAAAAAGAAUGGUGACGUGUCUAACUACAUCACCGAUUUUGCUGCAAACUUGAGGAACACUGUGAUGGGAGUUAACACAGGGAUGAAUCAAGCCCUCCUCGGUAACAAUCCCCUGGCCACUAUCCAAGCCCUAGCAGCCAGUGGUGGCCACCUACCUCUUUCCACUCUUGAGGGUGGGAGCAAGGUGAUGCUGGGGGCUUCCGGGGGUCAAGGGGGGGGCAUCCCCUCCUCCCUCUUCCUCAACCACCCCGCCCUUCUCCACAUGGGCCAGAAUCCCAACGCCGGACUGGUCAGCACCGCCGUAGCCAAAGUCUCCCAGCCCUCGCCCUUCCCCUCGGCCAGCAGCAUCAGCCCCACACCCUGCUCCCCUUCUCCCUGCUCCAGCCCCGCCUCUUCCUGCUCCUCCAGCGAAAUGGCACACAGCCCGCCCUCUCUGGGCGGGGCCAAGAUCGAGUGACCCCACCAAGGGCCAAUCAGAGAGGAGGAGGAAGGAGGAUACGAUAACCUCGCCUUUCACACCAAAGCUAUCUCUUUCUCUCUCUUGUGCUCUUCUUUCGUUAUUUUUCUUUUCCUCAAUGGCUCUCUCUCUCCUUCUCUCCCAGUCUUUCGAUGCCAAAAAUACACAGAAUGAAAGAGGAGAGAUGGAGGGAAAGAGGUGAAAGAGGGGAGAAGGGAGAGAAAGGAGAAGAUUGAAACCAAAAAUCUUUAUCUAUCCAAAAAAAACCAAACAAACAAAGAUGGAAAGGAGGCAACGUGGGACCUUUUUGUCAAGAACACGUGAUGUUGACACGGCACCUCUCCACUCUUUCUCUUCGAAGGAAAGCAAACCGAUGACUCUUUAACGAAGAGAUGGUAGAGGUGCACGUCGAAGUGCAUAAACCAAAAAUGACAAAAGAAAAACUUUACUAUAUGACAAAGGAAUGGCGCAAGGACAAAAAAAAAAAUGAAGAAGAGGAGGACUUUGCUUUCUUUUUUUUAUUGUUGUUAUUAUUAAUAAGAAAAGCUGCGGGUCUGAAGGAAGAGGAGUGGGGUGGAUACGUUUAAACCAAAAAUUUACCUGAGGAGGCGGCGUUGGAGGAAUACACAAUGACAAAAAACAAAAAAACCCCAAAAAAAUCGACAACCAUACCAAAAUCACAAAUACCAAAAACCAAAAAUACGGAGAGAAAAGCUUUAUUCAAAGGACGUGUAAAUACUGAAGCUAUCCAGGACCAGGACUCUACUGCUACUUUCACACAACAUACAUAAACACACACACACACACAUGCACACACAUGCACCAAUCCAUUCUGCAUCGACUCAUCAUGUCUGCGUCUGCUCAUCUGUUUCCUAUAGGUUUGCAUGUUGGAUUACUUUGAGUGAUUUUCAAACGUUUGCUGUGUAAUAGCUCAUAUAUGAUUGUAUGAUAUGUUUGUCAGCCCUGCUGUAUCUUCGUGUGUGUUUAAGUCUCUUUACCUACCUCUGGUUGCAAGAGCAUAGGAUAGUUUGACUUUAACUUCAUAGCAGGCCUGACAUAUUUUACACUUUGAGAAGAUUUUUUUUUUUUUUCUUUUUUUGUUAACUAUUUAUUAGUGCCAUUAUGAACAGUUUAGCUCCUAUUUAUUUUUGUAUGCUGUUGUAGUGUUAGCUUUGGUGUGUGAGUCAUUGUCAUUGUCAUCGUCAUCUUCAGGGUUUCCGCCAGAGCAGAGAACAAAAAGCUGUCGGGUCCAGCUGGGGAUUUAAGGUGGCGCUCGGUUAAAGGUGGCGUUCAAUGGCUCCUCGCCUGCCGUCAAGCACGGCCUACUGGCAGGACAGCAGGACUGUGUAGGUGCGGCUUCUGCUAUUUCUGUGCUGAUGGUGAGAAAACGGGAGAAAGGGAGGCACAGUGCGUUUCUUUCUCCUCUUAACAUGAAGAUGAAAUAACGUAGGCUCAGCGGGAGAGCGCGGCUAACCUUGUUUACAUAACCAAAAAAAAAGAUCCGAGCCAACAGCUUUGGUCUUUAAAUAAGUAGAGUAAAAAGUUGCCCCUCAGUUUGGACCCAGAGAUCCCGCGGGGGGCUGGCAAUACACUGACGGAAACCCUGAUCUUGAUCUUCAUCGUGCACGUACGCAGUCUUCAUCUGGGAUCUUGUUUUUAAUGUGACCCUUCUCUGCAGGAACAUACAUUACAGCAAUGAUAAAAACGCUCAUCUCAGCCCUCACCAAGUGCCAAUAGUUCAAAGAUAAAGAGUUGGCACACUGAGUUGAUUUCAAGGAGUGAAUGAAUUUUUUUAUUUUUUUUUUUCUUAUCAAGACCUAAACAUUUUCUGUUGUGCUUAAUCAGACCCGCUCUUUGCUCGGUCUUAAAGAUAACCCAUUAUCGGUGACUCCAUGGCUUAAAUGAACACGCCCUGCUAAACUUCACAUUCUGAAAAUGAUGUUUGUAAAGAGUGGUGAUCGUUUGGAAAGUAUGAAAUGAGGCUGUGAUUGGGGAUUUACAGGAAUCACCGUUUAAGAUUGAAGGCUAAACAAGUCAAUAAAGCCAAGUUUAGUCACAGCUGGCUCUCGUUCCUGCCUCGUCAAUCAGUGUAGACGUCCUGACACCUGUUUGUCUAGACAUGUUUACUGAUAUUUGUCUGUUUCCAUCAUCACCCCAUCAAUCAUUUCAUUUUCCACCUCAGACUGCCAUUAAUUCUCAAAUGGAAACCAAAGCAUUUUUUCAAGGCUGGGCUUUUCUAUAAGAGCCGCAGCCAAGACACAUGAACACAAUACAGAGACAGAGGUGGAGGUGAGGGGGCGGGGGGAGCUGAGAACAGGAGGCCCCCACUCCCCUCUGCUGUAAUCCCCUCCACCCGGCCCGUCCAAGAAACCCAACUCGGGAAGGGAAGCGGGGGUUUCUUUAUUUAUACGGGGACUGAUCCUUUACUGCAACAAAGAAGGGUAUGCUGGGACACACUGUAGUGAAGGGGGGUGCGGGUGUCACAUCUUUUUUGUUGUUUUUGCUUUUUUUUUUAAAGAGGAUACCAAAAAUAAACCCAAACCAAAUAAAAACCAAACAAACCCAAAACCCAAGGAGCGACAGAAGCAAACCAAAAAGAACCCAAACCAAAUGUGGCUGGAGGGAGGAGGACGGGAGGAGGACACGGUGCAGGUGAUGAAACAAACGAAGCAUCGCCGUGUGUCUGUCUGUAAGCGUCAGGGCUGCAGUGCCAGCCUCUGUCUGAAACUGUGUAGCAUGGAUGGAGGCGACUUAGAGGAGCAACAGACGGCUCCUCCCCUCCUCUGCCCCCCGCCCCCCUCUCCAGCUCAGCUCUCUGGUCCUGGAUGGAGCUAAACGCAAAUGACCUCACUGAACUGAAAUCUUAUUUAAAAGGAAAAAAAAAAAAUCUGUUUUUAUUUUUCUGUUGGUUGGUUCCGAUUGUUUUAUCUUUGCUGUGUCUCUUGAUGCCGUUUUAUGUACUGUACUUUAGUGCUUAUUAUUACUUAUUUGGGAUAACGUACUCGCUUACUUACUACAAGAGCUAUUUUUUUUGUAGUCGUGCUAGAGAUUUUUAUCAGGUGGUUGGAAAAAAUACUGUGAAAAUUUAGCUUCCAGAUUUUUAUUAGAUAAAGAAACGGACUGUCUCGGCAGAAAAAAAACUGAAGACGAACACAACAAGCCAAAAACGAAAAGAGUUGAAUAGCAAACCUUAAAAAAAAAUUAAAAAAUGCCAAACCAAAUACUGAACCAAACCAAAAACACAAAGCAGGCAGGGACAGAUACCGCCUUCUCUGCACGAGGGUGGAGAAAUGUGUUGGCCUCAGUUAGUCUGAGUGCGUUUUUCUGUAUUUAAGCGGUAAGAAAAAUAAAAGGUUAGCAGUGAUUUCUCGUCACUAAUCCUGAAACCCAAAGACAGCAGCGUGAAACGCGCUCACAGAUACAGAACAACACACACAGCGAAGGCCUCAGUUAAGGUGAUGUGUUGCGAGUUGGACGCAAACGUAUCCAAAGAAUAUUUGGUUUGAUCCGCACCGGAAAAAGACAGUCGACACACGAGAAUCGUUUCACAAACCAAGCUUUAGAUGUGGGGAGAAGGGGCGCGGUCGCACCUUAAAGGUGAAUCCUUUCCUCCACGUUGACUCUUAGACGGAAUGUACCUGUUAGUGCUUCUAUAGAUUUUGUAGAAAAAAAAAAGAUCUAUGUUCUACUGCUUACUUAUCGCUAAUGUAUUAAAAAGAAAAAAUGCUUACAAAAAAGACUUUGAGAAAAAAAAGAUCCUUAAAAAAACAUUGAUGAUAAUAACUUGAUUUUAGACCAAAAAUUUAAACUAUCUCUCUUUGGAUUUUGGUUUCUCCUUGUUAAUCAUGAUUUAGACUUUUGAUUGUACUAUUUAUUCAGGGUAGGGUUGGUUUGUUUGCUUGUCUUUAUCUUUGCUAUUUAUUUAGUAACUUAUUUCUAUAGGUGCUUUUGUUUUUUCAUUUUCCUGUUUUGGGGAUGUAUUUGUCAUGUUUUUCUUUUCAAACCCCUUCUGAGGUUCUUUCUUCUGUCUUCAAACCAAAUAAUACAAGAAAUGCAAACGCAGGUUCUGUUGGGGUGGGGAUGGGGGGGGGCUUAUAUGAAGAUAUUCCCUUCCUUUCCUCAUCGAGACGACUUUCCUCUUAAAGGGGAAGGGAAGCACACGGCGGUGAGAGGUAGCACUGUGCGGACCGACGCUUCAUGAUUUGCAGGGGCGCGGGUUUUGUGGAUGUGCGCCCUCCUUUGUGUCUGGGUGUAAUUAAACGAAAAAGUCAGGCUAAAAUCCAGCGUCGGUGCAGGGAAAGGAUAAAUAUGAUUUGCAGCAUGAAGUGUUCUUUGAGGCACAAUGCUGCCUCUGUUCUCUAUCUUUCUCCACAGGGAGAACACACAAAGCUUUACAGCUACACAACCAAAAACACAAAAGAAGAAGAUCAACUAGGGCCAAGGCUUUGCUGUUUUUUACAUGAUAGAGAGGAAAGAAGGAGGCAAAGGAGAAAGAGGGUGAUUUUGAAUUCCCAGCUGUAAAUUGCCUUCUAACGUCUCACUUUGUCUCCGUUUCUGUUUUUUCUUUCCGUUUCCACUUUUGUGUAAGGUGGUUUUGCCUUCUUUUUAAAUUUCCUCCAUCCACUGUAGGAUGUAAAAGAGAGAUAGUUCAUCAUAUACCUCAUAUUCUUUGAUGAUAAACCAAAUAGAUGAAUGCUUUAAAUCGCGGGGCUCCAGUGGGUAUCAGGGUAUGGGGAUGUGUGGACUGUGUGCUUGUACUGACUGGAAGCGGGCACGGUGAGUUCAAAGGUCAUUAUCCUUUAUGGAAAAGAGGUUUGGGAACAAUUUGGGAGGGGACCAAAUCCUUGGAUGAAUUGUAGUAUUGGUGCAGUUUUGGGUUAAAAGGCCCCACUGGUUUACGCUCCAGUCUACACUCACGCACACACAUGCCUUGUCCCCCUGAAAACCACCCCCCCGCUGUCUGUGUUGAGCUUUGAACACAGCCCUCUCCUCACAUCUGACCCUCACUGCUGCCGCCCUGUCAAACAUGCACUGUGGGCUUAAAGCUGCUCUCCUGACAUCAAAUCUGGAUCUGUUUUAGACUUUAUAAAGCUUCCAGGUUUGUGCCUCGGAGCAACUUUAGCCCUCUUUCGCCUUUGGGUCUUUAUUGCCCGAUGAGGGGGCCGAUCUGAUCAGUCCACGUGCAUCAGGAGGCGCCGUAGGGCAGGUAGCCACGGGGACGGCUGAAACCGAGCUUGCUAGGUGACGCAUCCCAACAUGUUUCACAAAUUUCUGUGUGUAUGUGUGUGCUUAUGUGUGUGUGUGUUGAGAAAGUGGAAGUUGGAGGGAGAGAUGUACACAUGAUCAAAACAUCUGGAUUCUUCCUGAGAGUUCGGAUGUUUCGUCUUUUUUUUUCUACUCUCUGUCUCUCUCAAACCUCGGGGUUUGAGGGACCGGGUGCAAAGUGCAGGUCUCUGUGGCGGGGAUACCCCCUUAGCGAAUGAUACCAAAGUCAAUGCCCUGCCAUGUGACCCAGCGCGAUGUUCACGCUCCCAAAAAUCCUGACGUUGCAAUAACUGUCAAGCAUUCUCCUCCAUAAAACCUUUACAGCAGUUGUUCUUUGUUUUUAAACACAGUUGCACACUGGAGGGAUGAAAUCUUCGCUUUCUUGCAGAAUGUUAGAUAAGCUUACAGUAGCGUGAAAAAUAUAGACUGUUAUAUAAAGCCAAUGCGGCCAUGGUGACGCCAAAGAUUGUCUUGUAAAGUUCAGCUGUGAAGCCUCAAGUUUCAUAUUUUGGCUGUCGCCUUCUUCUUUUCAAAAACAAGCCGUCACAUAGGCAGAAAUGGAAACCGAGGGUGGUUUACUCGGAUAGUAGCAACUGUCAGUCACAGUAAAUCCUCCAGACUUAUUUCUUGCAAAUGGAAGAGUCUCCUCCUGCUGGCCAUUAGAAAGAAUGCAGGUCUAAGGCACUUCCCCCUCCCCUCUGGCUUGACUUUUCAGACCCAUCUUUAUAUACAGUCUUUAACAUUUUAACCACGGAGCUUAAGAGGUGUGGGUUGGUGUUUUGUUUUUUUUAACCUGUGGAUUGUAGAGGUGUUGAACUGAAUCUUUUCUCAGUCACACGUCCCACAGUGGAGACUAGAAGCGCUGUUGUCAGAUCAGCCUUUGUACACAGUAGAUCAAACUGGCUAAGAAAAAAAAAAAAAAGCCGCACAAGAACAGGUUUAGAUUUUGCACCAACCUGAAAUAGCUGAUUGAAUUUAAUGCAAAUGUUAACGCGUCUGCUCUCUGCUGUAUGUACCAAAGUGCAUUUAAACUGUAGUGCUUCACUUAGCUUUGAUGGCUGAGUGCCAAUGCAGUGAGCCAGCGUGUGACUGAGGGUAAAGUUGAGAGGAUGGUGGUUUAUGUCGGUGUGACUUUUCUGUUCACGUUUCUCAACACCAGCUCUGGUUGUGGAUGUUAGGAAGGAGUAACUUUGCCUUGUUGCGCGCACCCGUAAAGUGUUACUAAGGCUCCCUAUAGCACCAUGAGUUAUUACAUCCUGGAACUUAGAAGAAAGUGAAUGCUGCUUCCUUUCUUUAUGCUACACCAGUCUACCAACAACCCUGGACUGUAGUUUCAGAUCUACCCCACAGUCACGAACAUCUUAUCUAACAAUCAGCAAGAAAGCGAAUGAGCCCAUUUCCCAUCUAAAAAGUCUGACUAUUCUUUCAAAAUGCGAGAAAGUAGUCAAAUUUCGUCGCUGCGCACGAAGCCAUGAGAGAUGUAACUGCUGAAGAGUGAGAGACACAGCAAGCUGAGCAAAAGAAAGCAAUCAGCGACGCUGCCUCGUCUUCCUCUGCCCACUCUCAUCCACACCGACACGCUCUUCCUCUCCUUCAUCCAUCCCUCCUCUCUCUCCCUCUUCCACAAUACAGCUUUAAUCCAAAGGUUCUCCUGCAACACAGCAAAGCAAGUCAGAUGUUAAAGAAUAAAACCAAAGAGCUCUAACUUGACCUUCUCUUCUACACAAAGCUUCUCCGCUCCAUCCUUCACCUCUCUCUCCCUCGAUCUCCGUCCCACCCUUCCUGUCGUCUCCCCUCUGAAUCCUUAUGUCACCUAGCGAGCCGGUCUUUGAAGCAUUAACCUCAGCUAUCCAAAGGGAAAUAAUAAUAAUGAUAAUAAUUAAGAUGAUGAUGAUGAUGAUGAAAUGUAUAUUUUUAAGUAUUUGUCAUUGGAAAAAUAAUCUUAAGCUUCUCAUAAUUAUGAUGAUCACGGUGAUGACGACGACGAUGAUGAUGAUAAUGACGUUUCUCUUGGUAUCUUUGUAGCUGUUCUGAUCCUUCUUAAGUUUGUGUCCUUUCUGCUCGUGCUGCCAGAGUACUGCUUUAACUACCAUCACCUCCCUCCCUCCCUCUGCGCCCACCUACCCCUGCUUUUCAUUUGCUUCACCCCGAUGUUUGGUCCUGACAUCUACCUGUAUGACCUUUACCCCUGGAUGUUUGUCUAAACCCGUGCGUGUGUGUGUAAAAGAGAGAGCGGGAGAAAGAGGGAGCUGUAAAACUCCGACGAGGGGAAGUUUGAGAUUUUUUUUCUGGAAGUUGUCGGUGGGGCGACCCAGUCUGUUGAAUCCACCUGUGUGUGUGUCUGUGUGUUUGUCUGUGUGUGUGUGUGACUGGGCGGGGUUUGGGUCGUUGGAAAGUGGGAUGGGUGUGGCAGAAAAAAAAGAUUGUUCUUUGGAGAAUAACGAACUCCAACACAUGACCUGUUAUGUCAACUGUAACGUGCUGUUUGCCAACUUCCCAGUACAUGUAGCUUUAAUUCCCCCUGCCACAACAGUCCGUGUGUGUGUGUCUGAGUGUGUGUGUGUUACUGCAGGUAAGGCUGCGUGACCGUCACUCCUCCCCCUUUUGUGUCUUCCAUCCUGUGAGCAGCCGCCUCCCCUCCCGUACCCUCUCCCCUACUGUCUGCCCCCCUUUAUUCUCCCUUGUGGUAGCAAGUUAGCCUUUUACUGUAUUUAUCUUGAAAACCAAAAAAAAGGAAGAAAAAUAACUGCUUGUUCAUUGUACAGUGUUGUUCAUUUUAAGUCAUUUUUGUAACUGAAAGUGUUUCAUUCAUCCAAAUAAAACAGGAGACAAAAACUGUACAGACGA